GUGACGUUUAAUUUUUGAAUGAUUGGAAAUCCCGCUCCUCCUCCUUUUUUAAAUUCCUCUCCCCAGAGAGCCGUUGGCAACCCGACCCCCAAUUCGAUCCUCUUCGCGCUCCAACUCCAGAGAGAGAAUUUGUUCCAGAGCCGGUGACAAACUCCGACGAAUUUCAUUUGGUGAGAUUCAGAGCCCUAAGAAAUGGCAACAAACAUUGGGAUGAUGGAUUCUGCUUAUUUCGUUGGAAGAUCGGAGAUCCUCGCCUGGAUCAACUCCACUCUUCACCUUAAUCUUUCCAAAGUCGAGGAGGCAUGCUCGGGUGCGGUUCAUUGCCAAUUGAUGGAUGCGGCUCACCCUGGGAUGGUGCCAAUGCACAAGGUCAACUUUGACGCGAAGAGCGAAUACGAAAUGAUCCAGAAUUAUAAGGUUCUCCAAGAUGUCUUCAACAAAUUAAAAAUCACCAAGCAUAUCGAGGUGAGUAAGCUUGUGAAAGGAAGGCCCCUCGAUAAUCUGGAGUUCAUGCAGUGGAUGAAACGUUAUUGUGAUUCCGCUAAUGGAGGUGUUGUUCAAAGUUAUAAUGCUUUGGAAAGGAGAGAAGCAUCCAAGGGAGGAAAGGACGCAAGCAAAAAGAGCACCACAUCACAUUCUUCUGCAAAAGGUUCAACAGGCGCUGCAUCCAGGGCUCAGGUCUCUCAGAAUGCUCGGAGAAAUGAGGCAUCAGUGAACUCCGGAAAUCAGGCAGCGAAUGCUUCAAAACCUUCAUCAAAUGGAGGAUUGACUGCAUAUGAUGAACAGAUCACAACAUUGAAACUGUCGAUCGACAGCCUUGAGAAAGAGAGGGAUUUCUACUUUGCAAAGCUAAGGGAUAUCGAGAUACUCUGCCAGAGUCCAGAGAUUGACGAGUUGCCUGUUGUUGGAGCUAUAAGGAAGAUACUAUAUGCUAUAGAUGAUGAUGCAUCAGUGGUGGCAGAAGCUCAAGCUAUGGUGUCUGGUCACCAUAACGAACCAAUCAAUCUUUUGAGUCCAAUUGCUGAAGUUUCUGAUGAGAAACUAAGUUUAGAAACCCAGAAGAGAAAGAGUAUUAUCAAUUUUGAUGUAGAUGUUGCUGGCAUAACAACUUUGUCUCCAAGGCAGAGGACAUCUGAUGCUUCUGAUGUUCAUUGCAGUGGAUCACCGCUUAUGACCUACUAACCAAACCAUUCUUUUAUAUCCGUCCUCAAGUAGUAUGGUUGUCAAGUUACCCCAGUUGGCUGGCCACUGUAUCUAGAGUAGUUCUGAUAUAAUUCUAAGAUCUGUUUCUUCAGAAUGUUUCAUGUAACUCUUUUUUACGUAGAAUUGCCGAAGAGACCCUAAAAUGAAACAAAUCCCUUUGGGACCGAAACGUGUUUUGCUCCGAAAUUUCUAUGUUAUAAUGUGGUAUUGUGGUAUUGUGAACUUGUUGCACUCUACCCCAUUCUGUCGUCAUCCCAUGCUUUACUUCUUUCAGUCUUCAGCUAUGACCAAUUGAGGCAAAAUUUCGAGUCAAA